UCUCCUCUGUAUUUCUCUCCCUUCUGGAAGACUGGCAGGUGGCGAUAUCUCUCAUUUCCAGCUGUCACUGCAAAAUACAAACGCAAGGGAUGCCAAGAUGGCAUCCCACCCAUGCGCAUAACAAUAAUGUUAAUGGAAAAUACUGCGAUAGAGGGAGAUGGUGUGACGUAUUUUUCAAUUUUUGGGGUGAAAUCUUCAAAUACAUCUACACAAUCAAAUAAAAUCCCAAACAUACAUACACACACAAACAAAAGUGACGUAGGAAAAGUUUUGCUUGUGCAGAAGGGGCACACACUAAAAAGGUUUUUUUUCACGAGGAAUUUUUUUUGGGUAGAGAUAGACUCUCUUGUGUCUCUUCUCUUUUCUGUGUGGCCAAAUUUUUGAAUUGGAUUAAAUAUAUUUCCCUUAAAAAAAAAAUAAGAAACAGGAGGAGUCCUCGGUGUUACGAGAUAUUAUUCCACGGUUGGAAGAGAGAAAAAAAGAAGAAGGGGGGAUAAAUAUCCCGAGAAGGCAGAGAAAAAAUUUUGCGCACAACCAAAGACAGAAAAAAACACACACAGAAAAGGAUAAAAAGUGUUUUGAAAAUUGUUUUGGCCACCUGCCUCCCCGCCAAACCCCCCUCCACACAAUACCAACAAAUAAAAAAAAAACGCCAGUGAAGUGAGAAAACGUUUUUGGGGAAUUUUGUGUGCAUUCAGGCGAUAUUCCUUUAAACUCAUUUUAUCGGUUGAUUUCUAAUUUUUUUUUGUGUCUCUCUUCGGUCUUUUGGUUGUGUGCGUGUUUUCUGUGGUUCGUGGAAAAAAAGGGGAAUUGGAGGAAAAGAAUUUGUAGAAGAGACCAAAAAAGAAGAUUUUAAGUUGAAAGUGACAGUGCGAAGGGAAUUUAUUGUAGGAGAGAAAUCCCUUGAGAACUCUCCCUCUCCAACCACGCAUCAACUGUAAGAAAAAAAAAUCCCAUUUUCCCCCCACGAAAAACAAAUUGCCUACAAUUGGGGAGAUUCACACGAACAAAAAAAAACAGAGCCGUAGUAGAGGGCGCUUCAGUUGUGUUUUGUUGGUUGAAUUUGUGUGUGUGUUGAACGGACGACGACAAGAGGGAAUAAAAAAAACUGUCAGGAAGAUUUAAGGAAGCAGAUUUUUGGUGGCACAAGAAGCCCCCUAGCGCAUGUGCAACCAAGUACUUUCAUCCAAUUUCAUUUCGUCCAAGGAGCCCCCCCAAAAUGGGCACAAUUGCAGCUAUUGAGGCGUGCUGGAGCUAGGUGCUAAAGGGGGUGGUUUGUAAAUGGAGUCUAUUGGUGAGAUGCUGGAACAGCAGAUGGCUGAUGUGGAUGAUGGACAGUCCAGGGGACGGGUCGUGAUGGUUGGUGGUACAACAAUAAUAGCUACAAGUCGAAAAGAUGAUCUAAGAAUGUCACCACCGUCCAGAGUUAUUCAGCAUAUUCACAAGAUGUCUAACUUUCAGGUGGACCACGAAGGUAGCCUGGAGCUGAUAAAGCAGGAAGAUCAAAUGAAGGGUACUCAUGAGGUUGUUGUGGCGACAAUUGAAGAAUUAUCAGCUGAUGAAUUGACCCAUUCGCAAGCCCUUAAUCACAUGGCAAAGCAGGAAUUGAGUGUUAUUGUAGCCAAUCAUGAUGACAGCCAUGACAGUCAAUCAUUGCUGAGUCCGGGAAAAUUGACACCACAUUCUGCUGGCGAAAUGCUCGAUAGUUCGGAUUUUCGGAGUCUCCAUGAGCCGACAUAUCAGACAUUAACAUCAGUUAAUGGUCGAAUGUCACCGCCUGGUUUUAGUCCAAAUCAUAGUUAUGCUACCCUAACACCCCUUCAGCCACUCCCACCAAUUUCAACAAUGAGUGACAAAUUUGCCUAUGCUGGUCAUGCAAAUGCCGUCACAGGUAGUUUUACCGUGAUGCAAAAUAAUGCAAUGGAAUUGGCUGGUGGUGCUGGAAUGGCAGCCUAUACCUAUGAUAAAUUACCAAUGGGUAUAUCACCACCACAUACCUAUGCCUCAAGUCCGUCAAAUACAUUGGCGGGUAUGCAGGCUAGUCCACUAUCACCACAGUCGGCCUACAGUCAAAAUGGACUAUGUUCGCCCCAGAAGAGCCUAUCACCAGGCAAUCCAGCACCUGACUAUGACACAACCUACACUCAUAUGCGCUCAACACCGCCAUUGGCAAGUCCACAGGCGGCACCCGAACCCCCGCAGGCCUUUACACCCACCCAAAGUAUCAAUGGACUGCAUCAGGGACUCAUAGCAACAGCCACUCAGCCACAAAUUACCCAGACACAUCCACCAGGUUUGGUUCAAAUUUCAAAUAUAGCAACUGUUGCUGUUAGCAGAGAGAGCAAUGUAUCGGUAGUUAAGAGUCCAUCACCUCUUACUAGCGCCAAAUCCAAUAUGAUGGUGCCGACAAAUGGUGGUAUGGAGGCAUCUGGUGUGGCAUCAAAUGGUACAUCAACACCAUUGACAGUUACAAAUCUUGGGGCAGAUGUUGAGGAGAUCAAUACAAAGGAACUGGCACAGAGGAUAAGUGCCGAACUGAAGCGCUACAGUAUACCUCAGGCUAUAUUUGCGCAGCGUGUCCUAUGUCGAUCACAGGGUACACUAUCGGAUCUACUGAGAAAUCCAAAACCAUGGUCAAAACUCAAAUCGGGCCGUGAGACAUUUCGGCGGAUGUACAAGUGGUUGCAGGAGCCAGAAUUUCAGCGAAUGUCCGCACUGAGGCUGGCAGGUGAGUAUGGCAGUGACAUGAUGAUGAUUGGACAUUUCGAUGAUGGCUACAAUGCUAAUAACUGUGCUGUAGCUGCUCAGAUACCGCAACGGGGGAGUUGCAAGAGGAAAGAGGAAGCUGCCCAGGAUCAUAUGCCGGCACCAAAGAAGCCCAGACUUGUCUUUACAGAUCUUCAGCGACGAACACUUCAAGCAAUAUUCAAAGAAACUAAGCGACCGUCGAAGGAGAUGCAGGUGACGAUAGCUCGUCAAUUGGGCCUGGAACCAACAACAGUUGGUAAUUUCUUCAUGAAUGCCCGCCGACGGUCCAUGGACAAAUGGAAGGAUGAGACAGAUGGAAAGGGUGGUAGUAUGUGUCAUGGUGGUAUGAGUCCAGGUGGUACGACACACAGCCUAGAUCUCGAUGAUGCCGAUGAGAUGGAACUUGAACUGAGUCACACGAGUGAUCUGGAUUUGGAUCACACCACCGAUCCACCAGAUGGUGAUACGGAAGAUGGUGAUCUCUUGUGACACGAUGUCUACACUCACGAUCUCAGAGCAAUAAUGGAAGAAAAUGAUGAUAGCGCCGACAAUGCCACAAAUAACAAUGUACCCAAAGGACGCACCAGGCGCACCAAUCACAAGCGACACCUCCUCAUGCUCUAAAUUUUUUUCUCCCCCCCCUUUUUUUCCCCUUUCCUUCGAGGGAAAAAUUCCUGUUUUUUUUUUUUUUUUUUCAGAACACAAAAUGCCUACUCAAUUGUCAAAUUGACAGAAAAUCUUAAACCAGGUUCUUGGUGAGUCAGCGCUAGUGAGAGGGAUAAUUGGGUAGUCUAUGACAGCGACUUAGUUCUUUUUUACAAUUUAAGUGACAUCUGUCGUUGUCUCUUAAAACAGUUUUCAUUCGUUCACAUUCCCCGUUUAAUUAGGCUAUGCAACUAAGUAACUUUUUUCUGUGUCUGGGAUUGUCAGGAUAGGUUUUCAAUUGCAUUGGGAUCCAUACUUGACUAUAUUGACCAAAGUCCUCUCGUUUAGUAAUAACCUUUCUCGAUUUGAGAGCUCUCUCCGGUUGAGGUUUUAUCUUUACCGAUUCGAAGGUUAUAUCCAGAGAGAACUAUUACCUAGAAAUCAGUUGAAAGUUCGAACGUUUAAAUCGACGAUAUUUUUGGCGAUUGAAUUGUCAAGAAUAUCGAAAUUCGAAAUGGCAGAACAAUCAGCGUUAAAGCGGCGAGUACGUGAACUUACACUUUACGCUUCCGCUAGAUUUUCGAAUAGCUUUUGGCUUGGCUUUGGGGUGGCUUUGUCUCUUCGAAGGGUUAUUACUGAACGCAGCCAUUUAAUUUUUUUUUUAUUUAAAUUAUUAAAAUCCCAUUUUUGCGAUGCUUUUUUUUAUUUAGUUUUUUUUUUUGUUGGAGCUGUGAUUUAUUUCAAAGAGAAAGAUUGAGUUCUAGUCAUCAUAUUCUAGUCGAUAAUUAAGAAAAUAAAAGUAUAUAAAUUUUAUUUUAGUCAUUUUGAUCUCAUUUUUAUUUUACACGGAUAUUUUUUUCUAUUUAUUUAUUUUUAUUUUUAUUUUAUUUAGUGAUAAGUAUUUAGAUUUUCUUGUCAGUGGCCAUUUGUUUUUUUUGGCAAAAAUUAGAGAAUGUAUAAAGAAUAAGAGGAAACAAGAGAAAAUGUUUUGUUCUUUUUUUUUUUUUUAAAAAGAGAAAGAAAGUGAAAAAUAAAUAGAAGCAAAACCAUUUUAAUGAGCAUACAAAUAAAUAAGAUUGAAGUUACAAUAUAGAAAUGAAGAAUAAAUAAAAAUGAAGAAAAGAAAUUAUUAAGAAAACUUAGAAUUAAUGAAGCAAAAAAAGGAGACAAGUGUAAAGAAGACAAAAAGAAAUGUAAGGUUAAAAAAAGACAAGUAUCUGAAUAUUUAAUUGUAUUGUGAAGAGAAAAAAAGGUAAAAUUAAAUGAAAAUAAUAAUUAAAAAAAAACAAUGAUAGAGAUUGAAAAAAUAGGAAUAUAAAAGCAACAAGAAAGAAAAAAUAGAGAAAAAAAAACCAAAAAG